AUGCCUGUUAUCCAAAUCUGUAUUUCUCAAAUUUUUCUGCUAUGGUAUGCUCCAAGAGCUCCAAAAGACAAUUUUUACAUCAAAAUUCAGUUUUAUAUUGUUACUGCAAUCAGUCUUGCCAACGUGAUUGUUACGCUUGCAUUGAGCAUUGUAAGGAGUCCGGGUAUGAUGCGAAACUUUUUUUUAUCGACUACUAUUAUUCAGUUUUUGGCAGUGUUCAUUGAUCUCGCCGUUCCACUUUGGUUUAUUUUAACCAACAAGCGCUAUGCAGUAAUGGUCACCAAGUACCGUCGCUAUCGAUCAAGCAAAAACUCAAAGGGAGUGACAUCAGGCGAGCUUGAUAGCAAAUCAGUAGCCCAAAGUUUGAUGCGCUCUACUCAAGUAACAAGUGGGGAGAUAAUAUCUUCCACUGAAACAGGUUCAAAACCGGAGCAUUCUCAAGUUGGCAAUCCAACAUACAAUCUCCAUUGUAUUCUUGAAAAACCAUCAACGUACGCAGCAUUCUGCACUUUUCUUUCACGCGAAUUUUGCAUGGAAAGUUUACUGUUUCUUGAGGCUGUCCAAAAGUAUAAGAACGAGAUCAAGGAAAACUUCAACUUGGCUUUGGUCAAAAGUCUUUCGGAUAAAAUCCGUGUAGAUUUUAUUGAGCCAGGCGCCAUCAACGAAGUCAAUCUUCCAAAAAAGAUCACAUCAAAAGUAGACGAUACACUCAAGGGAAUCACGGAAGGAAAUAUCCCAUUAGAAAAAGCUAAAAAGAUGUAUGACCAUGCUGAAGAGCAUAUUGAAGAGAUGCUGAUUCUUAACCACUUGCGCAAGUUUCAGGCCAGUGCCCUGUACCGCAAUGCAAAUGCCGUCGUUUAA